ACCGGCCGGCAGUAACCAUACCGUCGACCUUCCUGCCGCACUGUCCGCGUUUGUUCUUGUGCUUGUGGAUUGAUAAAAGGUUUACAAUAUCGUGUACGACCUUUUCGGAAAACCCCACUCGAAGCACGUUGGUUAGGAGGUAUACGGAUUUUCGAUUUUGAGUGCGCCCAAAUCUUACUUCGAAAAAUAAUUCAUAUAAAGCCAGCUCAAAAGUCAUGUUGGCCAACCUUUGAAAAACCAUCGACUGAGAUCGCCUUAGAAUUGUUGUUGCUGUACCCGAACGACCAGAGAUCCGCCGAGUUUGUUGCAAGUUCAAAAAAUGAAACCCAAAAAUCUCGGAUUUCUGUAAACGCGUUUAUAUUAUUGUCAACCCAUGAAUGCUAAGAGUUCAAAAUGUACAUCGAAAAGUUGAUCAAACCACAAAAUUAUACGAGGCUACUAUAUCUUUUGAUAUGCCUGUUCCAACUACCCGCUUCGGAAGCUCAGUGUCCGUGGCAAGCUGACCCGGCGGCCGCAGAUCUUCAGUCGUCCUGCUUAUGUUCGAUGAACGCGGCCCAAGAGCUAUCGGUCCAAUGCGACUUAGUCGACUACGAUAAUCUGCUGCAAGUUCUCGAAAAAUAUCCGCAAGACACGUUUGACUUGUUGUACAUAAACAACAGUACGAUAAGGACCGUGGAAGAUUCCAGUUUUGCUAAAUUAAAAAUACAUAACUUGCAAUUGUCCGGGUGCCGGAUACGAAGUUUGUCCAAAACGGCGUUCAAGGGAUUGGAACCUCAUUUGCGGCAUUUGAACCUGCAAGACAACGAGCUCGACGAGGUACCGGUGACCAGCCUGGAGUCACUUAAAAACCUGACGUUGUUGGAUUUAUCCCGAAAUCGGAUAUCGAAAGUACCCGACGACGCUUUCGUCACGCUCAAAAAUCUACAAACCGUCAAGUUGGCCGACAACAACCUGACGUUAUCUAAACACUCGUUUCGCGGGCUCGAGAAUAGCCUGAAAAAUUUAAACCUUAAGGGCACCAAUCAAAGGACGUUACCCGAGAGCAUACGGAGUUUGCGAAAUUUAGCGUUUUUGGAUUUGGCACAAAAUAUUUUGAGCGAACUGCCGGGACCGUCCGGGCAGUAUAUCUUUCAAGGACUGGGAGCGUUGACGGCACUCAACUUGGAGAGAAAUGUCAUUCAGUCCCUGGGCGAAUCCACAUUCGACGGUGUGAAAAAUUCACUGAGCUCCUUGAGCCUUCUUAACAAUUUGCUAACCGAAUACCCUACGGUUGCCAUCAGUAAACUACCCGAACUCAGGGUGUUGGACAUCGGUUUCAACUUGAUCACAGACAUUCCGGAAAAUGCGUUCAUAGCCAAUCCCUCUCUGACCUUGUUGGCUUUGGAUGGUAACCCGUUAGAAACCAUUCCCAAAAAUGCGUUCACACAUCUCAACUCCACGUUGCGAGGUCUCAGUCUCGGGGGACGAUACUUGCAGUGUGACUGUCGAAUCCGCUGGGUUCUCGAAUGGAUUAAACACGGUGACUUGCAAGUGACCAGCCGAGAAAGGAAUCCGCAAUUUUGCGCCAGUCCGUCUUACCUCAAGAAUAAGCAUUUCUACAAAAUCGAUCAGUCCGAAAUGGUUUGCGAUAAUGAAGAGAGCUCGUCGUCGGGUAUACCGUCUGUCGUGGAAACCAGUUUGGAAGAAGAGAACGUGGACCCUCAACGGCCAACGCUAGGCGUGGGCGUAGGAUACGUGAGCCCGACCAGUGUUACUGCCGGUAUCGCAGGUACCAAGAACAAACCGAAAAAGGACUACCAAGAACUGGACUUAGCAAAGAACUCUAACUCUUCGGACUUCCCAUCGUCCAAUAUAGAUCCUUUGCCGGCUAAAGUAUCUUCUUCUACGACUGAGAGUAUUCCCACCUCUUCGGCUACUACUGGUGUUGUUGACGCGGUUACCAAGUCCUCCGUACAAAGCUCGACUACUUCGAAACCGACCAACGGUAGUCGAAAGUCCAAUCUGGUUAUAACGAGGCCACAACCGAUGCAGACUUCACAGAAACCGCCACUGAUACUCGGCAAUUACUCCAAGAAAUCUGCUCAAGAAGUUAUCAUCCGGAGCGUGCACCGCCAAGAGAACACAGUCAUAAUCCAAUGGGAUUCUGAAACUGCCAAUAUUUUGGGUUUCCGUGUGGUGUACCGUCUGUUCGGCGAUCGUACUUUCAAGCAAGGACCACCACUCGAAACGAGCGAACGAGAAUUUAAAAUCAAAAACGUUCCUUAUCAGGAGUGCAUUGUGGUGUGCGUUAUCUCACUCGAGGAGAUCAACAUCACGCCGGACACGGUGCCUUAUAGCCAAUGUCGCGAAGUCCGGACAGCGGUGACUUUAACCAGUAACAUGGACCGUAUAACGAUAGCGGCGAGCGCGGCAAUUUGUGGUACAGUCUUAAUCGCCGUGGUAGUGUUCAUAGCUGCUAGCAAACGCCGGGCAAAGAAGCUUCAAACUCUGCACAACUCUAUGGCUUCGUGUCAUCCAAACAAGCCACCCGGUGGAGGUAUUCCCGUGGGAACGUUGCCGCCGAAUUGUUAUGCGGCCAAUGGACCACCGCCAAUGUCGUCGCUGGCCGCUCUGAACGCGUUCACCGGCCACAAGGACUGGGAUCAAGGUUCAGUUUACAGCAACCGUAGCUUGAAUCAUCCUCGGAUGUACAGAGUUGCUGACACCAGGCAGGGAUGCAAUGAAGAUCUACACUCCAACAUAUCGAAUUUCAGCUCAAAAGCGCCAAAGAUGCGUUCGGUCGCCGACGGCCAGUCACAAAAUAGUUUUUCCAACAACUCCAUGCGAUAUUUGGGCGGCAGUAACGCUUACGCGUCUGAACUAGUUAACUCCAGACCGGAGCUGAGACAGUCCCGGCAGUCGUUGGCCGUUUCCGAGAGGAUGUCCCAUAUCAGUUACCCUGGUAGUGGUCGCACCAAUACGUCCCGGACCAAACCCAGGAGAGCUUCCCGUAACCGGGACGGAGCAGGAGGAGGAGGAGGCACGCAAAACAGACCAUCAAGCCGUUACAGCCAUACUGGUUCGCACCACGCGCUCAACGCCAACUAUUGUGGUGACACGUCAGACAACUGGACCGAUCACGACAUGGACAUAUAUAUGACUAGAAAUCCGACAACCAGAAACGGUCUUGUGCCAUUGUAAAAAAAUGCCAAGCUCAAUUCCGCAUGAUAACAUUAAAAAAAAAAAAAACAA